AUGUCUACCAAAGACAUACACAGCGACUUGGUGGAAACAUUAGGGGACUCUUCUCCUCCAUAUUCCACAGUUGCACGCUGGGCUAAGGAGUUUAAGCUGGGAAGAACAUCGACGAAAGACGAACACCGCGAAGGACGCCCAUUGACAUCUCUCACUGCAGAAAAUGUGAAAAAAGUUGAAGAAGUUGUAUUGGAAGAUCGAAGAGUGACUAUCAGGCAUGUUGCUGAGGUCACAGGGAUCUCAUAUGGCAGCAUUCAAAGAAUCCUUGCGAACGAAUUGCAUAUGAGAAAGGUCACCGCGCGUUGGGUACCGAAAAUGUUAAACGACGAGCAAAAGAAGAAACGAGUCGACAUGUCAAGAGCAAAUCUCGAAAAGUUCCAGGCAGACACGGAUAAUUUUUUGUCACGUUUUGUGACCAUGGACGAGACCUGGAUCCACCAUUUUGAUCCUGAAACAAAACAACAAUCGAUGACAUGGAAACGAUCCGAUGAACCGACGCCGAAGAAAUUCAAAGUGUCAAGCUCAGCAGGGACUGUUAUGGCGUCUGUUUUUUGGGACGCUGAAGGAAUAAUCAUGGUGGACUACUUGGAAAAGGGGGCCACUAUUACAGGCUCCUACUAUGCAGAACAAAUAAGAAGAUUGCGGGAGGCUAUUAAGGAGAAAAGGCGAGGCAAACUGCGGGCUGGCGUGCUGUUCCAUCAAGACAACGCACCGGUUCACAAAGCUGCAAUCGCCAUGGCUGCCAUUCAGGAAGCGGGCUUUGAACUGGUGGAACACCCCUCCUAUUCACCAGAUCUAGCCCCCAGUGACUUCUAUCUCUUUCCACGACUCAAGAAACACCUCCGAGGCAAGAAAUUUGACGAUGAUAGCGACGUGAUGGCCGCGGUUGAGGACUUUUUUGAGAGUCAAGAUAAAGAUUUUUUUUCUAAGGGAAUUUUAGGUUUAGAAAAGAGAUGGACUAAAUGUAUAGACUUGCUAGGAGACUAUGUUGAGAAAUAA